CGUCAUGUUAGUCGUCAUGUCACUGGUCUUGUUGGUGGGGGUACUUCCUGGUCAGCUGACUUUUAUGUACAAAACAAAUUUGACUCAUUAAAAUUUUCUACUCACUUCAAGUUUUGGUGUGAGUGGGAAAAGAGCAUUCGAACAAAUUUUAAUAAGAAAUAUGAAGUUCCUGAUAUUUGUGGCACUUUGUGUGGUUGGCAUCAGUCAGGCAGUGUCUUUUUUCGACCUAGUCCAGGAGCAAUGGGGCGCUUUCAAGGUGACUCAUAAAAAACAAUACGAAAGCGAAACCGAAGAACGCUUCCGAAUGAAAAUCUUCAUGGAAAACGCUCACAAAGUCGCCAAACACAACAAAUUGUACGCACAAGGUUUAGUUUCGUUUAAAUUAGGUGUGAACAAAUAUUCUGACAUGCUCAAUCAUGAAUUCGUCCACACUUUGAACGGUUACAACCGCACUAAAACACCCUUGAGGAGUUAA